AUGAUGAAAAAUUUGCAAUUUUUGGUGCUUUUUGGCUUAUUGGCAGGUACCCAGUGCUUACUGUCUUGUGAACAAUGUCUCAGUUCUGGAAAUCACUACUGUGCCGACACAAAACUCUGUAAUACCCCAGUAUGUGUCAACACGAUUACGGUAGCCCUGAAUUGUCCUCGCAAGUCGAAUGUCACGUAUGAUGACAACGAGGCAAGGACCAAGUGGUUACCACUAUUUGGUGCGGGAGCGACGAAUGAGAAGAUGGCACAAAAGUGUUUUGACAACAACUGGCCAACUAUGAAGCUGUCCGAACGGAUUCUUGUCGAUUGCAGUGAUCCGAGCCCGGUUCUUCCAACCACCCAAUGUGCCAUGAUCACCGCCGUCGACACCACCCAGAGAAUUCUUGUCAUGUCAUUCCGUGCAACUUAUGGAAAUACCCAGUUGGGAGAGGAAGUGCUGAACUAUUUCGUUGGGAAGAAGCAAUUUUUCGAUGUCGGAAUGAUUUUCGAAUUCUUUUAUGAUGCUUACGUGGCACUUUGGAGAGGAGGGCUGGAACAGGAGAUUAGGAAUUUGAAGUACAAGUAUCCGGAUUAUGAAGUUUGGGUCACCGGUCAUUCUCUGGGAGCCGCUUUAGCCUCUGUCGGAGCUUCUUGGGUUGUCAAAUCGGGAAUUUUCACGCCAGACAAGGUGAAAGUCUUCACCGCUGGCCAGCCACGUACCGGAGACUAUAAUUAUGCAAUGUGGCAUCAAAAUACGUUUGCCUACUCAUUCCGUGUCGUCCAUCACCACGAUAUUGUUCCCCACGUACCAUUCCAAUACGAGGUGGUAGAUCACGAUAAGAUGUAUCAUCAUAGGACGGAAGUUUGGUACAACAAUGACAUGUCGGUCGGGUCCACCUACCAAAUCUGUCCAGAAGCCGAUGGAUUAUAUUGUGUGAACCAGCAAGUCGAUUUGAGCUGGAACGACCAUACCCACUAUUUUAACACUGAUUUGAAUGUAUAUGGAGACCAAGGGUGUCCCAAGAAAUGA